CAGUCACGGAAGAAACGAUAUAAAUUCAAAACAAUGUCAAGCUGUUCGGACGAGAAGAUAGAAACCAAAGCGCCGGUGCUGAUCGAGACCUUACCGGAGCUGGUCGAGGAUGAUAACCAGCUGAUCAAGAUCGGCAUCGCCGCCAUGGAUCGCAAGGCCAGAUCCAAGCCGAUGCGUAACAUUUUAUCCAGACUCGUGGCUACCAACAAAUUCGAAUGCAUCAUCUUUGGCGAUAAAGUGAUCCUGGAUGAAGACGUCGAAAAUUGGCCGGUUUGUGACUUUUUAAUCAGCUUCUUUUCGACUGGCUUUCCGAUGGAUAAAGCUAUACGAUACGUCAAUCUGAGGAACCCGAUCCCAAUAAAUGAUCUCCCCCUGCAAAAGCUUUUCUGGGAUCGUAGAUUAGUGCUAGCAAUCCUAGAUAAAAUAGAAGUCCCGACUCCCAAAAGAUGUGAAUUAAACCGCGAUGGAGGGCCGAAGGUGGAUAAGGAGGUGGCGAGUGAGAUCGAGCGUCGAUUCGGAUUGAAGCUCAAUGCCCCACGUCCGCCUCCUAAAUCGUUUCAAGUCCAAAACGACUCGGCUCUGCUGAUCGAUGGUAUCAGGAUGGAGAAACCGUUUGUUGAGAAACCCGUCAGUGGUGAAGACCAUAACAUCAAUAUCUACUUUGGCGGAGGUAAUGGUGGCCGGAAGUUGUUUCGCAAGAUUGCAAACCAGUCCUCAAUUCUUGAUCCUGAGCUAUCAGAUCCACGUACAGAGGGCUCAUUCAUAUACGAGCAAUUUAUGAAGACGGACAACUAUGAAGACAUCAAGAUAUACACCCUCGGCCCGGAUAUCGUGCAUGCGGAGACCCGCAAGUCGCCGGUAGUCGAUGGGAUUGUAAAGAGAAACUUGGACGGAAAAGAGAUUCGGUAUGUGGUCGAGUUGACCCCCGAGGAACGCGAGAUCGCUCGCAAGAUUAGCACGGCUUUUAGUCAAACCGUAUGUGGCUUUGAUAUCUUGAGAGUCAAGGGAAAGAGCUACGUUAUCGACGUUAAUGGGUGGAGCUUCGUCAAGGGAAACGAUAGCUAUUAUGAUAAAUGUGCUGACACGUUGGCCAAGUUUUGCUUGAAAGCAAUGCCCUCAUUGACGCUUCCAUCGCCCAACCCCCGUCAAGAUUCGAAACAGAAACCGACAGUUUCUUCUUGGAAACUUAAAGCUAUGAUCUGUGUUUUCCGCCAUGCCGAUCGGACCCCUAAAAAUAAGUUGAAGUUCAACUUUACUGCAGACGAGCCUGGUUCUCAGCCAUUUAUCAAGCUUUUACAGGGAAGAAAAGAUGAGAUUAUUCUUCGUACCAGUGAUCAUUUACAGCUGAUUGCCAGUGCGACUGAUGAAGCGAUCACGAUUGACAACUCGGACCAAAGCAAGCUAGAACGACUCAAGCUGAUUCUUUCCUCCAAGAUGGGCAAGCAGGGACUCAAAGCUCAAUUGAAACCUAGCUUCAAAACCGAAGAUGGCUCCUUGGAGAAAAUCACCAUCGUCAUCAAGUGGGGCGGCGAAUUCACUCAUGCGGCUCGAUAUCAGUCUAGGGAUAUUGCUGAAAAUUUCGCGAAGGAUUUGAGAGUCAUGAGCAAAACUAUGUUGGACGACGUGACAAUAUUUACUUCAUCUGAGGGAAGAGUAGUUGCAACUGCUGAGAUAUUUAGCGCUGGUUUGCGGGAGGCUUGCAAGGCCCAUAGUAAAACGGAGCCUAAGACAAUCCCCCUGGUCACACGCAAGGAUCUUCUAGAUGACUCCAAUGCUGCCAAAGAGCCAAUGGAUCGGGUCAAAAAACGAUUAAAAGUGCUUCUGAGACAUAAUCAGGGAAUCGAGGUUGAUUGGCCGAUUGCAGACAAGGAGCCCUUCGAUGUCGUCCAAGAAGUGAUUGCGAUUUUAAAGGAACAGCGUGAUGUGAUGCACAUGAAUUGGGAAAAAAUAGAUGUUGAACAGAUUCAAUCACGUUGGUGCUGUGGCGAGUGUCCGGUUUUAUUCAAGGAGCGCUGGGACAAGCUAUUUAGCGACUGGUGCGAUGGUGCACUUGAUCCUUCAAGAGUUUGCGAAUUAUACGAUUCAUUGAAGUAUGACUCCCUACACAAUCGGACAUUCUUGGAAACGAUUUUUUCGAACUCUUCGACAUGGCCGUCCCCAGUAUGCAGCGAUGCAUCAUCUCCUCUGGCCAUGCCUGGUUCAGCACCAUCGAUGAUGUCUUCCGGCUCUUCAUUCUCUUCCCACCAACAUUUCAACCCGAUCGGUCUAAUCCGAAGUGGUGACUCAUCGCCUACGCCAAUUACGACUUCGGCAGUCUCGCUUGCUCACCAUCACCAUCCUCGACAAGCUUCGCUCAAGUAUUCAAACCCGCAAAGUCCGGAUGGAACUAUCAAGGAUGAUGAUGCUGGUUGGUGCGAGACAGAAAGCUUGCAGCGCUUGAGGAAACUUUACAAAGAUGCAAAGUUACUUUUUGAUCUUAUUGCGCCCCAGGAAUAUGGAAUCGACCAAAGCGAGAAACGUGAAAUCGCUCUGUUGACAUCCUUACCUCUCUUGCAGAAAAUCGUGAACGAUUUGAAUGCAGCUAAAGAAAGCCAAGGAGGUCUUGCUAGAUUCUAUUUUACUAAAGAGUCACACAUGCACACCUUAGUCAAUUUAAUCAAGCUAUCCAAAUUGAAACUAGCUCAUCGAGACGUGAUGGAAUUAGAUUACAUGGCCUAUCUAUGCUUCGAAGUUUACGAGCGAAUUUCAGAAGUAGGGAAAAGCGAACAUUCUGUGCGAAUUUCGCUGUCUGAAGGCGCCCAUGGAAUCCCACUGGACACUAGUCUGGAUGCCAAACACGCUUUGCAAGUGAUCCCACGAAAACAAUUGAUUCCUCAUAAAGACCUUGACGAAGUGAUCGCUAGCCUAGAAGAUUGGGGCGAGAAUCUGUUCGAACUGAAGAAGAGUACGACCCCGUAUGAUGGCUUCUUACCGCUCGAAGGCGAAGACAUCUUUUCCAAGGAAAGCCUCAAGCUCUCUCCACAACCUCAGACCAGCUCAUAAUCGACCCGGGCUCGACGAUCACAAAUAGAUUUCAAAUUCCUCACAUUCCUGUAUUCUGUAUUCGUUUUUCUAUCAUCUUCUCUUAGUCUUACCUCCCGCAGCACACCACUGAUCAUUAUUAUAAUCAUUUUCUAUUGGACCAAUCGUCCCUCGCAUCUAAUUCAACAAGUCACUCGAAUCCAUUUCAACAAUUCUUUGCGGAUUGUGUACAUACACAGAUAGAAGCCCAACCUAACCGGCACUCCGACUUAUUCUUUCUUCCUAAUAUAAUAAAUGUAUCUUCGUCUUUCUCCCGCGUUUACUUAUUCAUCCUUGUUGUUACAUAUUGUUUGUCAAACUGUUUGACGAUCAUGGGAAUUCGAUUCUGGUUACGUGUUCUGUCGUGACAG